AUGGAGCCUAAGGCAGCACUUUGCAUUGUGUUGAUGUUUGCAUUGGCUUUUGAUAUUGGUCUUGGGGCAAGAGGUGAAAGGCAAGCUAGGCUCCUCCUUAGAGAUGAAAGGAUCCUCCGUGAAGUUCCUGGAGGCCCAAAUCCGAUACAUAAUGGGACACCUCCUCCAGGUGCUAGAAGUUUGAGUGGAACCGAGAGGAUCCUCCGUGAAGUUCCUGGAGGCCCAAAUCCGAUACAUAAUGGGACUCCUCCUCCAGGUGCUAGAAGCUUGAGUGGAGCCAAAAAGAUCCUCCGUGAAGUCCCUGGAGGCCCAAAUCCGAUACAUAAUGGGACACCUCCUCCAGGUGCAAGAAGCUUGAGUGGAACCGAAAGAAUCCUCCGUGAAGUUCCUGGAGGCCCAAAUCCGAUACAUAAUGGGACUCCUCCUCCAGGUGCUAGAAGCUUGAGUGGAGCCGAAAGGAUCCUCCGUGAAGUCCCUGGAGGCCCAAAUCCGAUACAUAAUGGGACUCCUCCUCCAGGUGCUAGAAGCUUGAGUGGAGCCGAAAGGAUCCUCCGUGAAGUUCCUGGAGGCCCAAAUCCGAUACAUAAUGGGACUCCUCCUCCAGGUGCUAGAAGCUUGAGUGGAGCCGAAAGGAUCCUUCGUGAAGUUCCUGGAGGCCCAAAUCCGAUACAUAAUGGGACACCUCCUCCAGGUGCUAGAAGCUUGAGUGGAACCAAAAAGAUCCUCCGUGAAGUUCCUGGAGGUCCAAAUCCGAUACAUAAUGGGACUCCUCCUCCCGGUGCUGAAAGCUAG